AUGGACUGUGUACGUUCACAGUGGCAGCACCAGCAAUACGGUAGGUAUUUUCAGUGAAGUUAGUGUAGUGAUUUUAACAAUUUCAGAGUACAAUAACUAUCAAACCAAGUUAAAAGUGGAAGCGGCGGAAGUUCAGCAUGAACGAUCGUAUUUCGACGAAGCGAUGGCAAUGAUCGAUGAUGGUUUCGAUCGGAAGCAGUGGGAAAGGGCCAUCAAAAUCAAUCCAGGUACAGCUGUACUUUUGUGGAGAAUUUAAAAUGUUCAGUGAAGCAUAGAGAGUAAAAGAGAGAGAGGGAGAGUAAAGUACGAAAAGAUUUUAAUUUGUUGUGCUCGAAAGAUUUUUUCAGUCUAUUCUCUUUGUAGCUGUCAGAUCGAUAGAAAGCGUGGAAGAUGUCGAAUGACUUUCUUUCACGAGUCUAUCGCAGUCUGUCACGAAUAUCAUUAAUUUCUCAAAAAUGCGCAUCUCUCGCGUUUGUGUCGAAUUCCAAAAGCCAUCCAUUUCCGAAAAAGCUCUUUUCAACUUCUCUAACUCAUUAUGCGCACCGACUAAUUAACGCUUCUACCACCCGAAAACGUUUCCACUUUUUUGCCCAACACAUUUUCAAUUUUCUGCAACACUGACCUCCUUUCCCUAUUGCGUUUCUAUCCCUCCAAUCCGCGUCAAUCGGUGGGCGUCAAGCUCCGCCCUGUUUUGUCCCUCAAUUUGAUAGUUUUACACGCAGGGUAUUGGGCGAAAGCGAGCGAGCGAGCGAGAGAGAGAAGAAGGGGCGUGGCCUGUUGUGCAUCCGAGGGCAGCCAAACGGUUGAUUGCUUUGCCUGCUAGCCAUCGACUGAAAAAUGGAACCUCUAGCUCCAAUUUGGCGUACAUAUCCCUAUUCCUCCUAUCAGACGCACGUACCGUCCGGAGCGCAUCCGUUUCAAUUUGGUGAGUUUUCGUGGACGUGCGCAAUAUCAGGUGAUCUGCUCCGAUUCUUUUCAUUUGCUCACUCGAGUGCACUUUUCCGUGAAAGGACAAAUGACCUGGAGUUGAGCCGAUUCUCACGUGUGUGACGUGUCCAACAAGAUCACAAGUUUUUCGAAGCGGAAGAUCUCAUGAUUUUGAUACUAAUGAUGACAAACAAUCAGAACUAUUUCACUGAAGCAUAAAACUAUUUACAGACUUUUCAGAUGGAUCCCACACGGGCGUCAAUCAGCUGGGCGGAGUUUUCGUCAACGGACGCCCGCUUCCCGACACGAUCCGGGCUCAAAUUGUGGAAAUGGCGCAGCACGGAACGCGACCCUGCGACAUUUCCAGACAGUUGAAGUGAGUGCCCGGAAAUUCAGGGGAUUACUGUUGUUUGAUUAAAAAAGUGAGGAAAUAGGGGAACAUUGAAAGACUGGAACUCAUCAGAAUGCUUCUUGCUCUUGUUUAAGACUGUUCCAAAAAGUUCCACGUAGAACUUCUACUGUUGUCCUAUAUUGCAAAUCAACAGAAAUGGAGCCACUAAAACCUGACCAUUUUCGAGAAAAUUCAACUGAAAUCCGCUUUCGGUUAUUUUUAAAUUCCAGUGACUCCCCUUGUUGUUUUUUCUUUACCAUCUAGAACAAUAAUACAACUGUUUUAAAACAGAAUCAACUUAUUUUUGUGCUUUCUAAAUCUAUGCUUCUUAAAACAUUAAGACUCGAGUGGUAAGAGUCGGAAAGUUUCGGACAAUUGAUCUGCGUCGCUGUUAGAAUCUGAUUUUCUCGAUAAAUAACUGCAAACUGGCUUCAUUAGAAACUUCACAAUCUAUGUCUCAACUCUCUGCUUUUGCAGAGUCUCCCACGGAUGUGUCUCAAAGAUCCUGGGCCGAUAUUACUCGACAGGAUCCGUCCGACCAGGUACUCUUGCCCUCUCUACCGUACUCAUAUUGUCCUCUUCUGUUUUGAAGGUGUCAUCGGAGGAUCGAAGCCAAAAGUUGCGACUCCGCGAGUCGUCGAAUGCAUUGCCGGCUACAAGAGAGCCAAUCCGACGAUGUUCGCCUGGGAGAUCAGGCAGAAACUUAUCGAGGUGAGUGAAAUUCAAAUUCAUCUAAAUCUUCAUCUUGACGUCUUCCUUUCAUUUCAGGACAGAAUAUGCGGAGAGGACAACGUGCCGUCGGUGUCUUCAAUCAACCGAAUCGUGCGGAAUAAGGUAUGUUUCACUUUUCACUUUUCACGUCUUCUGAAACCAGAGGUGUUUUCAGACGUUCAUGGCUCAAACAGUGUCUCCGUCCUCUUCCACCUCGUCGAAUAACACGCAGGCGACGCCGCCAAGGACGGCAACUACAGUAUCCACGCAGAGUUUCACGCAAGUCCCCGGAUGUAAGUGCGAAACCACUAGUCUAGCGCUUGCACAGUCGGCACGCAGUCUUCACUCUUUUGGGCCUGCCCGUAAUCCAAUCCUUGCAGCGUACUCGAUAAACGGACUGCUCGGCACCCUUCCGCACCCGGCUCUGCUCGACGAGAAGCCGUCGUCGUUCCAUUUGUCACAGGCGGACAUGUCGCUCGUCUAUCCGUCGGUCGCUUCUUCGGAACACGAGUGGACGAUGCGUGCUCCGUUGUGCAUCCUUCCGCAUCAGUACAACGGUCAGUUGUAGCAGGAGAAGACACGUGGCAUUGAGUGGAGCGCUUUUCAGAGAACUUCUCGCUGGCUGCAACUGCGCUCCAUUGA